GGUCUGUGCGCAGAGCGCUGUGGUGUCAUGGAGAGGCUGGGAGCAGCAGCAGUGUGGAACCCUCUCUGUGCGUCACUGGAGUCCAGGUCCCAGUGGACCUGCUCGGCGCGCGCACACAGCUCCAGCACCUGAGAGGCCCUUAGCCCGUCUUCUUCUUCUCUGUCUUUCGAACUGACCUUUCAAACCGCAGCUCCGGACAGACGGGGCGGCUGAAGGGGGUACGGACGGUGGCCCGGUGGUCCGUGCGUAACGGAGGCAGAAGGAGCUGCUGAUUUUUCAGAGCGGUCGGUAAAAAUAUAACCAAACAGUUCGGUGACGGCGGAACAGCCAAUGAACAUAAAUGGUGCGUCGUGACGCAACAGGGCCCCGUUGAUAAGGAGCGGAGAGUCCAACCGGGACUUGAGAAGGAGGAACGGUUUUGGGGGGCCAGCUAACACUCGCCUAUCAUCAGUCAAAGUGAAGCCAACUCCUCCUCUUCCACUGUCCGGACGUGUGUGCGGCCUCCUCCACGACAGACCAAACAUUCAUGUCACAGACUGCUGCGAAGGGAAACUGCUUCUUCCGGAUUUUAUAAAGCAAAACCUGCGCUUUUUUCAUUCUUCUGUUUUGUCUGUGCAAAGCUGAAGUAGUUUGAGUUGCUGUGAGCAUCAACUCGGACUGUUCGACCCGGAGGAGGGAGGAAGCCUUUCUCAGGCUCCUGUCAGCUUUUUUGGAAAUAUAAUUUUUUUAUUUGUCUGGCUGUGAUGCAGUAGCAGGCCGCCGCCAAGCUCUGGCAACGCCACUUAUAAAGAGUUACUUUACUGUUCUGCAGAAAAAAGGGGAGCCGCUGCCAGUGCCUUGUUUACUGUCGAAAUUCUUCAAUAUCACUCCCGGCGAGGAGGAGGCUCCGGCUCUGACUCCCAGCAGCAGGAGCUUCCAUAGUUGGUAUGUUUAUUCUGCGUAAAUGGAAAAGAAAAUAUAGAUAGAGCAGCAGGUAAAAGCAGUAAAAUAAAAUAAAAUAAAACCGCACCUGAGAGAAAAUCUCUUCCAUAAGAGAAGCGCUUAUUUAUGAAUUAAUCAUAGCUUAUUAAUAAUGAGAGCAGCAGAGAUUCGGAUGGCGGUUACCAUUGGCAGAUGAGACGUAGUGUGGAGAACACGUGUCCAAUUUUUCCCUCAUAUUUUUUCCUCCCUGAUCUGGAUUUUUCACUUACCACGGCAAAAAAGGAAAAGCAGAAAAAAAGCAGAAUUUCGAGCGGCGUCAGUGCGCAGGGCAUUCUUCUCUGAUGGACAUCUUGGCUCUCAGAUCCGAAGAGAACAGUUACAAUAUCCUCCCCUCUGCGGCAACGAUGCUUUUCCAUGGCCUCCCUGGAGGCGAGGUGCACGGCGUGGUGGAAGAAAUGGACCGGAGAGGAAAGAACGAGUCAGCGGCCAUCAGCUCAGCCAUCGAUAUGGGGGAAUCAGAGACGUCUAUGCCGUGUAUGACCAGCGAGCGCGUGGCCCUGUGCGCGGGCUGCGGCAGGAAGAUCGCGGACCGCUACUACCUGCUGGCCGUGGACAAGCAGUGGCACAUGCGCUGCCUCAAGUGCUGCGAGUGCAAACUGAACCUGGAGUCUGAGCUCACCUGCUUCAGCAAGGACGGCAGCAUCUACUGCAAGGAGGACUACUACAGAUUUUCGGUGCAGAGAUGCGCUCGGUGCCACCUGGGGAUCUCAGCCUCGGAGAUGGUGAUGCGAGCCCGGGACCUGGUCUACCACCUCAACUGCUUCACCUGCACCACGUGCAGCAAGAUGCUGACCACUGGGGACCACUUUGGCAUGAAGGACAGUCUGGUGUACUGUCGGCUGCACUUUGAGACUCUCAUCCAGGGAGAAUAUCAGACACACUUUAACCACGCGGACGUGGUCCCGCACAAAGGCCUGGGCCCGGCCAACACGCUUGGACUAUCCUACUUCAACGGCGUGGGGACAGUGCAGAAAGGCCGGCCCAGGAAGAGGAAGAGCCCCGGGCCGGGGACCGAGCUGGCGGCUUAUAACGCAGCGCUGAGCUGCAAUGAGAACGACGGCGAGUCCAUGGACCGGGACUCUCAGUACAGCUCCAGUCAGAAGACCAAGCGCAUGCGGACAUCCUUCAAGCACCACCAGCUGAGGACGAUGAAGUCCUACUUCGCCAUCAACCACAACCCAGACGCCAAGGACCUUAAGCAGCUCGCCCAGAAGACCGGCCUCACCAAGCGGGUUUUACAGGUCUGGUUCCAAAACGCUCGGGCCAAGUUCAGGAGGAACCUGCUGCGUCAGGAAAGCACCGGCGUGGACAAGGCAUCCGAUGGCUCCGCGCUGCAGGGCGGGACGCCGUCGGGCCCGGCGUCAGAGAUCUCCAACGCCUCCAUGAGCCCCUCCAGCACCCCCACCACCCUGACAGACUUGACCAAUCCCACCAUGCCCACCGUCACCUCCGUGCUCACCUCAGUGCCGGGCGGCAUGGACGGCCACGAGUGCCGGAGCCCGUCACAGACCACGCUGACUAGCCUCUUCUGAUGGCGCCGCCUCUGCCCCUCCCUCCUGGAUCUAAACUGAGCACUGUUGACUCUCCAACAUUAAAUGGAUUAGAAAAGAGAAGGUAACGGAAACAAAAAAAAAAAAAAAAAGAUUUCAUUUUCCUCUGAGCCCAUUAGAGACUAUUUGCAUAGUGAGGCGGCCAAGCCUUACAAAUGGAACAGUUGUUGUUAUUUUGAUGUUGUUGUCUUGUGGAGAACUGAGACUUGAUUUGCAUUUUUCAAUGUUUACAGAAAGAGACUGCGGGGGAAAAAAACUGCUUAAUUUUUGGAAAUUCAUUUUUUCCAGCACAGUAUUUAUGUUGUUGUACAAGAGUCACUGUUAGAAGGAUUGUAAAAAAUUCUUUUUUGAACAACUGAGAUUAAACACAGGUUACAAUAUC